CGUUCUGUUUCCACGAUCCUUCAGCGGCUGGCUCCCACCGCCAAUCGUCGGUAGGCGACAACUGUCUUUGCUUCCAUUUCUGUUCAAUGCUGACUUGUUCGGUAGAUUGUAGCUUACCGACGACGAACUUCAAGUCAGACUUUCCUUCUUCUUCAUCUUCUUUUUAAGCUGAAUGUUGUAGAAUUGUAUGUGAACAACAAUUUCGUAGGGUUUUUGGAGUCUGAUUGAGGGAAAACCAUAUAAAAACCCUAUCUUUAGCUCUUCUCUGGUUAGAUAUUGAAUUAUUUUGUGAUUUCUGCUUUGAAUUUCAUCUUCUUAGCUCAAGUUUACUCCGAUUAGGGAAAAAAAAGUAAAGAUGGUUGAGAGUAGUGGUGAGAUUGCCAAUACUACUAGUACUACUUACUCAAACGGAUCAAUUCAAAAUCUGAAUGGAUCUUUUGAGGAGAAGCUUGACGAGUUUCGUGCCCUUCUUGGUAAAGCUGAUGGAGAUCCAUUAAGGAUAGUUGGAGUUGGAGCUGGUGCUUGGGGUAGUGUAUUUGCAGCUAUGUUGCAAGAUAGCUAUGGAGGUUUUAGAGAUAAAGUUUUAAUCAGGAUAUGGAGAAGACCUGGCCGAUCUGUUGAUAGAGCCACGGCGGAACACUUAUUUGAGGUGAUUAAUUCAAGAGAGGAUGUCUUAAGGAGGCUGAUUAGACGAUGUGCUUACUUGAAAUACGUUGAGGGGAGAUUAGGUGAUCGUAUCCUUCAUGCAGAUGAGAUAUUGAAAGAUGGUUUUUGUUUGAAUAUGAUUGAUACUCCGUUAAGCCCGAUGAAGGUUGUCACUAAUUUGCAGGAGGCUGUUUGGGAUGCUGAUAUCGUCAUAAAUGGAUUGCCAUCGACUGAAACAUAUGAAGUGUUUGCGGAAAUUGGAAGAUAUUGGAAAGAAAGAAUUACUAUGCCGGUCAUUAUUUCUUUGGCUAAAGGUGUGGAGGCUGAAGUGAAACCUGAACCUCGUAUAAUAACACCAACUCAAAUGAUAAAUCGAGCAACGGGUGUUCCGAUGGAGAACAUCUUAUACCUUGGCGGUCCAAAUAUUGCAUCUGAGAUUUAUAACAAGGAAUACGCCAAUGCUAGAAUUUGCGGAGCUGAAAAAUGGAGGAAGCCUCUUGCGAAAUUCCUUAGGCAACCCCAUUUCAUUGUGUGGGAUAAUGGUGACCUUAUCACCCAUGAAGUUAUGGGUGGAUUAAAGAAUGUCUAUGCAAUUGGAGCUGGUAUGGUUGCAGCUCUGACAAACGAGAGUGCAACCAGCAAAUCAGUAUAUUUCGCUCAUUGUACUUCAGAGAUGAUAUUCAUCACCCAUCUCUUGUCGGAAGAACCAGAGAAGCUUGCUGGACCUCUAUUGGCGGAUACCUAUGUUACUUUGCUGAAAGGUCGUAAUGCUUGGUAUGGAUUGAAGUUGGCCAAAGGAGAAUUAAGCCUUGAAAUGGGUGAUAGCAUCAAAGGGAAGGGAAUGAUUCAGGGAGUUUCUGCUGUGAAAGCAUUUUACGAGCUGCUCAGCCAGCCGCAGUUAAGCGUACCACAUCCAGAAGAGAAGAAACCGGUUGCCCCGGUUCAGCUUUGUCCAAUCUUGAAGACGCUAUACAAGAUACUAAUCUCAAGGGAGGUUUCGUUGGAUGCAAUCCUUCAAGCUCUUAGGGACCAAACAUUGAACGAUCCACGAGAACGAAUCGACAUAGCACAGAGCCACGUUUUCUACAGACCUUCACUUCUUGGCCAUCAGCCUUGAUUGUAUUAUUAUGACAGAUCCAUCUUCUUCUUAUUUCCUUAAUUCAUAUUGGAAUCUCAUAUUUGCAUCUUGUAAGGUAUUCAAUUCAAUUCUAUUGAUGUUCAUUAAACUAGUCAUGUUUAAGAUAUUGAGCUUGUUAAGUACAGUCUACAGACACUUUUUCUCUGUUUUAUAUCAAAUCUCUGUUGUUUAAUAUAUA